CACAACCUUUUGCAGAAGUUUUCAAAGGCCUUGGGCAAUUGAAAGAUGUCGAGUAUGAAAUGAAGCUGAAACCUGGAACUGUUGGAGUCGUCGUGCCGGCCAGGAGAGUUCCAGUUGCUCUUCAAGACAAGGUGAAGGCGGAACUUCAGCGCAUGGAAGAGCAAGGCGUCAUAACCAAGACAGAAGUCCGCUACCUAGGUCACAUCCUGACCACGAAAGGCCUGCACCUGUACCCGGACCGCGUAAAUGACAUCCUGGCGAUGCCGCCACCCUCAAACACAUCAGAAACCCGCCUUAAGGACCUUCUUGGAGCAACCAAUGAGGACCCCGAACUCUCAAACCUGCAUGACUACGCGGAAUCAAGCUGGCCUGAUAACAAGCAAGACGUCCCAGAAAUCGUCCGUCCCUACUGGGCGUACCGCGAGGAGAUACACACUCAAGACGGCCUUCUGUUUCGCAGCAAUAAGAGGCUGAUGGGACGACAGACGCGGACGCUGCUACCAGUACCAACAAGCCACCUGGAGCCGGAGACUGUGCCAAGCAAAGCUGUCCACAACCGCCUCAAGGAGAUCCGUCAGCGGCAGAUGACCUUCUACAACCGCAACUCCCGAAACCUGCCGCCAUUGUCACCGGGGCAACAGGUCACGACGUACGACACACGCCAGCGAACCUGGUCGCCAGCCGUCAUCCUGAGACCAGCGGGCACCCCGCGUUCAGCGAUUCUUCAGACUGAAGACGGCCGCGAGAUUCGACGCACAAGAGAGCACCUAAGGGAGGCAGCAUCCCAGCCGGACUCAAGUCGACCUUUAACCGAAGACCGACCGGCAGACCAGGACAUCAACGAGCCCAGUCAAGAGCUACGCAGAAGUACCCGAGAACACCGGGAACCCUGCCGGUACCCACUGCCCGAAAGACUGUAACAAAGCCCCUUCCCCUUUCCCAUUCUCCUUUAAAGAGGGGAGAUGUAGCAGGGCACAAGCUGUGUCAUGCUAGUGAAAGAGCUCACCCAAUCAUGUACCGUAGAACGUCCUACGUCACACCGUUCCUCGCCUUGAUAAAGGCGCACUUCGUAACAAUAAACAUCAUUCAUCACC